AUGUCUCUAGCGGGUUUGCGUAAGCAAUUUAAUAAAGCCAACCAGUUCAUGUCCGAGAAAAUUGGCGGAGCUGAAGGCACAAAGCUGGAUGAGGAGUAUAUUCAUUGCGAAAAGCAAAUUGAUGUGAUGUCAAAACUUAUUGAAGAGAUUAUUAAUAAAACACACGAGUUCUUACAACCCAAUCCCGCGACUCGAGCAAAGCUUGCAACCUUAAGCACUUUUAAUAAAAUCCAAGGCAAGGAUAAAGCGGCACCAUACCCACAACCUGAAGGACAACUUGGUGAUUGCAUGCUGAAAUAUGGAAAUGAACUGGACCAUGAAUCUUUAUUCGGUGAAAGCUUAAUUCAGGCUGGAAACGCUUUCAAAAAUUUAGAAGAUGUAAAGUAUAACAUGGAAGAUCAAGUGAAACGGGAAUAUAUAGAACCUCUGCGAGGUAUUCAAUCCGUUGAACUUAAGGAAAUCAAUUUCCAUCGCAAGAAACUUGAAGGUCGUCGUUUGGAUUUUGAUUGCAAAAAGCGAAAGAAAGAAAGCAAUCCACAGGCUGCCAAGGUUCUUGAAGAUGAAGUGAAAGUUGCCGAGGACAAGUUCCAGGAAUCAAAGGUCCUCGCGGAGACAGCUAUGGCCAACUUCUUGGCUUCAGAUUACGAACACAUCAGCGCUCUUGCAGAAUUCGUAGACGCACAGGCCAAUUAUUAUCGACAUGCUACGGAAAUUAUGGAAAAUCUGCACAAAGUCCUUCUUGAAAAGAAGGAUGAAGCACAAGCGCGAGGCAAACAGCCACACAUUCCAAAACCGGUUCAAAUAACGGGAACACUGAGCACCGGAGACAUUAACUCCAAGAAUGGAUCUCUGAGUUCACCAAGAACACCAAACAAGUCACCGGUGCCAGGAGGUUAG